GGUCGAUAGCUCCGAUCACGUGAUUCGAUAAGAUAAUGCCGAUCUCCGAAUUCUCCGAGAACAUGAUAACGACCAGCUGACAGUUCACGCAAUCGCAUCAUCCAAGCUCUAUAUAUCACUCGUCGUCAGGAUGCAGCGGUGGAUGGGCUUAUUGCAGGUUCUCCUUUUACUGACACUCUCCAUAAACAUCGCGACAGUGCUAGCAGCCACACCAACCUCAUUCUGCAAAUGCACUUGCUUCACCAACAGCACGAUUAUUGAGCUCCGUCCCGUGGACACCUCCAGGGGCACCGACGACAACCUUCGCGAACGCUCGAUAUUCGAUCGCGCCGGCUCAGGCGAUACUAGCAGCCAUGGGCGCGCGCUGACAUGCAACGACUGCACGCGCAAAUUCUGCCUGGGAUACAAUCUGCCGAUAUGCGAAAAGGCCGAUGAGAAGGAUGUGCUGACUACGUGUUUUAAGCGAGAUUCAAGAAAAGAUGAGACAGUGGUGUUUAUUUUUAUUUUCGCGACUGCUGGUCUUCUGACUUGGGCAGCGGUCAAGCCGUGGGCCGAGCGAUGGAUAGAGGCUGCGCGGGACCGCAGAAGCUACAUCCCAGUGUCCAAUCAAAAUACGAAUCAAUAGCGACGUUAUGUUAUGCUUUAUAUUCAUGUGCGACUUCAGCGUGUUUCCUGUUUUCUACUUGGCU